UCCCACGGUCGACUCCACACUAUCCACAUUCGGACCAAGAGGUUUGCUUUAGUUCAGUAUAUUUUGCCGUACGCACUUGUAAUAACUGUUCAAUUAUAGGCGAGCUAAAUUAGCGUUGUGAUAGGACCCCACUGGAAUUUGUUUAGCAACUUGCGGGAAAAGUUUGGAACGCAUGCACUCGCUACAAAGUUGCAAACAACGUUUUUUUAAUGGAUGCUUCGGCUGUGAAGUUCGGAAAGGGGGCGCAGGCUGGGGUCGUAGGCUAUCUGAUCUGACUUUAUAAACAGACAGUAUCCUGUUGAGAGCAGAGUCAGCUGGCUCACGGAGGAGAGGACUGGGCUUCUUCUCGCUAUUAUUCGGAUCUUUGUCCAUUCCGGAGUAGGCCUAGGCAUAAUUGCUUCCGCGGGAUAGCUAACACAUUACGGGAGAAACUGUAAUUCAACUUCAGGUCGGGAUCUUCACGUCAGAAUACCGCUUGACAGUGCUCUCUCUCGCUCCCUGGACUGGACAGAAGCCUGGUAAUCUUUUACUUUGAGAGUGACGAGGGUUUGGAUUUAAUCCGUUCGUUUCAAUUGUUUACUGUGUUUAACAUUGUUUUUAUUGGCUAGCCUACUUUUAAUUUUAUUUUGGACAGAACGUUUUUUGUGAGAGUUGUGGCUCGAAUCUUAAAUCAGAUCAUAGUUUAUACACAUUUUGUAAUUCACUUCAAGAUGGAUAAAUACGACGAUUUGGAUCUUGAGGCAAGUAAAUUUUUAGAAGACCUCAAUAUGUAUGAGGCAUCUAGGGACGGGUUGUUCCGAAUGAAGAGGGAUGCAGGGAACAACUCCGACUUUGAAGAAACCAGGAGGGUUUUUGCCUCCAAAAUGACAAAAAUCCACAUACAGAAACAGCAAGAGGAAAUAGCCAAAAACAAUUUGGCAGUGAGAAUGAACGGGGGUCACAACAGAGCGGCAGACAGCACGUUUUACACUAAAGACAGGCCGCCUAUCAAUAGCUACAGACCGGCAGGAGAAACUGCGGCCAAGCCUCCCAUACUCUCUGGCCCUUUGCCAGGCACCGCCAGUGGCGCGAGUCAGUACGCGCCCUAUGACGCUCUGAAACACCAUUCACCCAGUCAACAGCCAUACAGCUACGGAAACAAUUACGAUAACAAGGACCGUUUUGAGCCGCAUUCUUACCACCACGCCUUGAGUCCCACCAGCCCAGGGAAUGCACCCACACAUGCUUCUGGUCACCCUGCCAGUCCCUCUGUCACUUGGGCCUCUUACUCUUCCAGCCCUGGUGGAUCAUCAGGGCUUAUGUGCAGCCCACCUCAGCAGCCCCCACACCACUCACCAUGUCCCUCCUUCUCCGACAGCCUACCAUCUCCGAGCCCCACUAGACUACACCAGAGCAAGGCUGCCACUCUACUAGUGCGGCAGAGACCCCCCAUGGUGGCUGGGGCUGCAGCAGACUGGAUGCGGAGCUUGGGGAACCCAGAGCUGAUUGCACCGCUCCCUCUGAGUGCCUUCACUGGCGGAGCUGAUCUGUACCAGCAUCUGUCUCCACAACCUGCCCCUGUUACACCGCCAACAGUCCCUUACUCAGCAGCACCCUGCAUGGUCCCAAGACCAAACGCCAACCAGGGAAAUCUACGCCAGAAUGGGCUCUCUCAGAGUCCUGUGGCUCUCACUCCCAGCCCCACCCCUGCUCAAGGGGCUGUCCCAACCCCACCUGUACACCCAUCUGAGGCAGCCCAGCCCAAAGCCACUACUGGAGCUUACUUCCCUGCCUCUGCCUCUCCCUCUGGAACCAGUGUCUCUAGAAGCUUUGGCCAGGGUCAAGGUAUAGGCCAGGCACAGGGCAGGCAAGUGGCCAUGGGGGUGGAUGUGCCCUCUGGCCUAGACAGCCAGCUGUCCUCUGGUGGUGAGGCUUGCCAGCUCCAACACCAGCCCCAGUCUCUCAAACUGCCCUGCCAGACUCUCCAUGUCCAGCCGGAGCAGGGGCCGUCUGCAGCCGAGAUCAAAUUAGAAGCCCUGACCAAGCGUCUGGAGAAGGAGAUGGACGCCCAGCCCAAGGCAGACUACUUCGGGAGCUGUGUGAAGUGUAACAAGGCGGUGUACGGAGCCACUGCGGCCUGCCAGGCUAUGGGAAGCCUCUAUCAUGAUGUCUGCUUCACCUGCAGCGCCUGCAGCAGAAGGCUACGGGGGAAAGCAUUUUACUACGUCGGUGGGAAGGUGUUCUGUGAAGAGGACUUCCUGUAUUCUGGAUUCCAGCAGUCUGCAGACAAGUGUAACGCAUGCGGACAUCUGAUCAUGGAUAUGAUCCUGCAGGCCCUUGGGAAGUCCUACCACCCUGGCUGUUUCCGUUGUGUCAUCUGUAACGACAGUCUGGACGGAGUGCCCUUCACUGUGGACACAGAGAACAAGAUUUACUGUGUCAAAGACUACCACAGGGUCUUGGCCCCCAAAUGUGCAGCAUGUAACCAGCCCAUUCUGCCUUCAGAGGGCUCUGAUGAAACCAUCCGAGUGGUAUCCAUGGAUAAAGACUACCACGUGGAGUGCUAUCACUGUGAAGACUGUCAGAUGGAGCUGAACGACGAGGAGGGGCACCGCUGCUACCCGCUGGACGGCCACCUCCUCUGCCACACCUGCCACCUGAAGCACAUCGAGCCGGGCUGCGCCUCGCCCACCGCUGCCUCCUACCAGCACCAGUUCUAGUUUUAGGAUCUAGUGCAUGGUGCCACCAGGUGGCCCUCUGAACUAACUGCCAAUAACCAACCACAACCAAUCUGCCCAAAAAAAUCUGUCUAUAAUGGUUUGAAUGAUAAUGUAUGCCUUUACUGUACAUCUCUGAUGUAAGUUAGGCCUCUGUUAGGGUUAAUUGUGCGAUUGGUUGAUUGAUUGUGUGUGUGCAUGUGUGGGAGUGUGCUUGGAAAUGAGAUUGACCUGUUAUUAUUUUUUUAUGAAAAAAUCUAUUUCUCUAUCGAAGAUAUUGUUUAUUAGUUGUAAAGUGUUGAACUUUCAUCUGACACAAAUGUUAAUACUCUGGAAAUAUUUUUUAAAUAUAUAUAUAUAUAUUUAAAUACCAAUGCCAAAGCACAGUUGUAUUUUAAUGACUGAUACCAAAACAAUUAAGCAUGGAAUUAUAACAAUACAAUUUAUAGUCUCAAUUAGGUGCAUUGUGUGUAAAUAAAUAUGCAUUUCAUGUGCUUGUGUAAAUAUCCUGAUCUUCAUUUUCCCCUUUGUGUGCCACCAAUUUCAGUUGCUCAGUUUGAAUCAAUGUGUUUGUAGAUACUGAUACAGUAGAAAUAGUUUGCAUAGCUGAAUAGAGCAAUUGCCCAGUUUUGUUGUAUGUCUCCGUGUGUGAAAUUGCCCAGUUUUGUUGUAUGUCUCCGUGUGUGAAAUUGCCCAGUUUUGUUGUAUGUCUCCGUGUGUGAAAUUGCCCAGUUUUGUUGUAUGUCUCCGUGUGUGAAAUUGCCCAGUUUUGUUGUAUGUCUCCGUGUGUGAAAUUGCCCAGUUUUGUUGUAUGUCUCCGUGUGUGAAAUUGCCCAGUUUUGUUGUAUGUCUCCGUGUGUGAAAUUGCCCAGUUUUGUUGUAUGUCUCCGUGUGUGGGUUAUGAAGGUGUGUUUCCAUUACAUUUUAUACUAGAAAUACCUUCAUUACUCAUUUUAACUAAUAUGCAGGCAGUGUCUAGAAAGUCAAAGUUAGCAAUUUAAUACACAAACUGUACAUGGUCCUGUAUUAUUCCAUGUCAAUGGGACUCAUGUUGUAUUAGUAUAACAUUUCUAUUGUUAAAUGAACCCUGGAUGUUCUGUUCCCAACACUGAUACUGGGCUAAUAUUCCCACUGUCCUCUGUCACACACCACUCAUAGAAUAGAAUUUCUAUUAGAUUAUUAACCCAAAUAUGGCAGUUAUGUCUGGGUCAACAAUGUUUCCAAAAUCCCUGCACACAAUUACCACCUAAGAAAAUAGAUAACUAGGUUUAUUCUAUUCCAAUAAACCCCUGAAUUCAAUAUCUAUGAACAACCCCUGAUAACCCAUUUUGGUUUGUAGUGACAAAAAAAGUGACUCUAAAUUAUUAAGUUUCAGUAGGCUUAGUCUAUCAUAUUUCAUGAUUUAUUAUAUUUAUCCUUGUUUGAAAAAAAAUCCCAUGGUCAUUAAUCAUAUGUUCAAAGUAUGUGACGUAUGUGAAGUAUUCCAGUCGUUUACUGUAUUUAAAAAAUGAUUUGAGAGAUGUCCAUAUCAAAUAUUUAAUAAAAAUAAAUGCAUUGUAAUAGAUUGUCAAA